AACUCCCCGCGGCCCCGCGUGGCUGCGGUGCGCGCGCCCGAACGCGCGGCUCGGCCUUAUAAAGAGAGCACGGCGAGGCGCGCGCUCCACUUCACAGAGGGUGCUCCGUGGGCAGUGCCGUGCGCCUGCGCAGUGCGGGCCACUCCCCGCCCCCUGCCCCGCCGCUCCUCAGCCGGCAGGCCCGGCCCAGCUUCGGCUCCGCGCCCUCGCCCGGCUCUCAGCCGCCGCUCUGCCCUGCAGCAGCCAGCCCGGCCUCCGGCAGCAUGUUCAGCUGGGUCAGCAAGGAUGCCCGCCGCAAGAAGGAGCCGGAGCUCUUCCAGACGGUGGCCGAGGGGUUGCGGCAACUAUACGCGCAGAAGCUGCUGCCCCUGGAGGAGCACUACCGCUUCCACGAGUUCCACUCGCCCGCGCUGGAGGACGCUGACUUCGACAACAAGCCUAUGGUGCUCCUCGUGGGCCAGUACAGCACGGGCAAAACCACCUUCAUCCGGCACCUGAUCGAGCAGGACUUCCCCGGGAUGCGCAUCGGGCCCGAGCCCACCACCGACUCCUUCAUCGCGGUCAUGCAUGGCCCCACCGAGGGCGUGGUGCCGGGCAACGCGCUCGUCGUCGACCCGCGGCGCCCUUUCCGCAAGCUCAACGCCUUCGGCAACGCCUUCCUCAACAGGUUCAUGUGCGCCCAGCUGCCCAACCCGGUCUUGGACAGCAUAAGCAUCAUCGACACUCCCGGGAUCCUGUCUGGAGAGAAGCAGCGCAUCAGCAGAGGUUACGACUUCGCGGCCGUCCUCGAGUGGUUCGCCGAGCGGGUGGACCGCAUCAUCCUGCUCUUUGACGCCCACAAGCUGGACAUCUCCGACGAGUUCUCGGAAGUCAUCAAGGCGCUCAAGAACCAUGAGGACAAGAUCCGCGUGGUGCUGAACAAGGCCGACCAGAUCGAGACCCAGCAGCUGAUGCGGGUCUACGGGGCCCUCAUGUGGUCCCUGGGGAAGAUCAUCAACACCCCCGAGGUGGUCAGGGUGUACAUCGGCUCCUUCUGGUCCCACCCGCUCCUCAUCCCCGACAACCGCAAGCUCUUCGAGGCCGAGGAGCAGGACCUCUUCAAAGACAUCCAGUCUCUGCCCCGAAACGCCGCCCUCAGGAAGCUCAAUGACCUGAUCAAGCGGGCGCGGCUGGCCAAGGUCCACGCCUACAUCAUCAGCUCCCUCAAGAAGGAGAUGCCCAACGUCUUCGGUAAAGAGAGCAAAAAGAAAGAGCUGGUGAGCAACCUGGGCGAAAUCUACCAGAAGAUCGAGCGGGAGCAUCAGAUCUCCCCCGGCGACUUCCCCAGCCUCCGCAAGAUGCAGGAGCUCCUGCAGACCCAGGACUUCAGCAAGUUCCAGGCCCUGAAGCCCAAGCUGCUGGACACGGUGGACGACAUGCUGGCCAACGACAUCGCCCGGCUGAUGGUGAUCGUGCGCCAGGAGGAGUCCCUGAUGCCUGCCCAGGCCGUGAAGGGCGGUGCUUUCGACGGCACCAUGAACGGGCCCUUUGGGCACGGCUACGGCGAGGGGGCCGGCGAGGGCAUCGACGACGUCGAGUGGGUGGUGGGCAAGGACAAGCCCACCUACGACGAGAUCUUCUACACACUGUCGCCUGUCAAUGGCAAGAUCACGGGCGCCAACGCCAAGAAGGAGAUGGUGAAGUCCAAGCUGCCCAACACGGUGCUGGGGAAGAUCUGGAAGCUGGCCGACGUGGAUCGGGACGGGCUGCUGGACGACGAGGAGUUCGCCCUGGCCAACCACCUCAUCAAAGUCAAGCUGGAGGGCCACGAGUUGCCCGCCGACCUGCCCCCGCACCUGAUCCCGCCCUCCAAGCGGAGGCACGAGUGAGCGACCCCUACUCCCACCGGCCGGCCAGGCAGAGGCUGCAGGGGAGGGGAGGGUCAGCAGUUCCCAAGACCAUAAAGACUGAGCAAUAUUUCCUCAGCUCGCAAAGGAAAACCACCAUCUUUAUCUUAAGGCUGCUCCUGGGGAGGCAGGGGUGAUACUCGUAGGUGAACGAUGGAAUUUUGUGCAUAAGAACCAUGGAUAUUUUUAAUAUAUAACGUUAGAGGCAGCGUU